CCACGGCGCCGCCGUUCCCCUCCCCGCCCAAAUUCCUCGAGGUCGAGGGGGGGGAGGGAGAGAGGGAGUGGGAGAGGGCUUGGGCGAAGGGCUGGGAAGCGCUUAUUCCGGGGGAUACAGCGAUCAACGCGACGGGAAUGGAGAAGAGGGCGAGAGGGAGGGCGGCGGAGGAAAACGCAAGAAAAACGAAGAAAAACUCGUGGCUUCCGCCCUCCAACAGUUGCAAGACACGAAUCUGCCCACGGUCCGGGUACCGUCGGAGGUAGAGGCGGAGACGGAGGGGGCGGGGCCGCCUCCGAAAAGAACCCGCACGGGGAGCCACGAGAGCAGGAGCAGUGCCGGCGGGAGCAGCACGAGCAGCAGCCGGACGACGGAAGACGAAGGGGAGAAGGAGAUGGGCAGAGGGCAAGAACUGGAAGGGGCGAGUCUCUGCCAGGCGGGGUCGGAGGAGAGUCCUCUGAAGCGACGGCGUGGGAGUGUGCCCGGGCUGGGCCAAGCGCAUCAAAGUAUCUCGGACCUCUCUGCGGUUACCUCGAUUUCGGCGGCGACGUUUGCGUCCUCUGUCCCCAAGACGUCGAUCACGCCCAUGUCCUCCGUGGUGUACCCAGAAAGCCCCGACAAAGCGGCCGGGAACGGGCUUUACCCAGGAAGGAGCCAGCCCUUCGUAGCCCUUCCCUCCCCCGUCCCUCCCUUCCGGGGGACGGUGGGGCCGGAGCCCAUGGUAGAGGUGACGGCUUUGUAGGCAGCACGCCCGCGUGGAGGAUGGGGAGGAGUUGGGCGCAAAACCAGGCAUCUGGCGUCAGCACAUGCAUGGGGAGCACAUUGGAUCAUACAGUCGUGCAUGCAAGGGUGGGGGCAAGUGAAGUGGUGCUUUGAGCAGGCAGCGUGGACAGGCGGCUUAUCUUGCCGGUCUAGUAAGGCACACAUUCGGGGCACGUCAAGGCGGGGUGGAAGGUCACCGGUUUGGGAAGCGGGAUGGGGGCUGGAUCAAGGUUGAAGCGGAGAGGAAGGGUACAUAGGGCUUCGUUCGACUGUGCUUUGCUCGUACACUCGUCCCUGUGCAUGGCCCGGACAGUAAUAUGUCUUGGGACGAGAUCGGAGGUCCAAUAAGGAGGGGAAGGUUGGAAAAAAUGCAAUGCGCGGGUCAUGGCCGCCGAGGGACGCAAGGUUGAGAUCAUGAUCAUCAGAAGCACGGAAGGUAUGGGUGUCCAAAGUGAAGGUUUAAGAGGGCGAAAGAGGGAUCAAUGGAGGACAUGAGAGGGGAUGCUCGUGGUCGGGCAUGCCAUGUGGGGACAAGAGAUGAAAGGGAGAAAGGGGUUGGGGAAAGAGGGGAUUCGAUUGGCACGCGGCGAGGAAAGCAGGGUUCCAGUGCUGCCUGUCGUCAUUUACGAGUUUUCGCGCGUGAGUCACCACCAAUGAUGUAAGAGCACGUGGGUGUAUGUUUACAGUGUAGCACUACUAUCUGGGGGGUUCUUUUCGGUGAGAUAAAGGCUGCCCAGGAAAUGGCUAGGCUCGGAAGUGAUUGCCAAAUUGCCGCUUGUUGGGGAAAGGGGAAAUUAAGAAGGAUCAAGGUAGUGCGUUAUGUACAAACCGAGCUUCCGAUGAAUUUGUUUCGCAAGUAGUGCUGGGUAGGGGUUCGUCGAAACAACCAAAAUCCCACGCACGCCCAGGGUCGGCGCAAAAAGCAAAGGUAAACGAAUACAAAGAGAGUAAUAUGACUUAAACGUAACCGCGCGAUUGUACGAUUACAACCUUUGGAAAGCAAGUAAAUGGAUUUACACACAAUGAAAA